CUCUAUAGACAACAUGUCAGAGCAUCACAAACCGUGGAGUGGAGUUAUUUCACAUUAUAUAACUGCAGAUUUCCUAUUUUAGCCGACGAGUUAGACUAUUUAUUUACAAAUCUGCACAUGUGUGAAUCAUAGUAUGUGAUAGGAAGUAUUUAAAACGUUUUCUUAGAGGAUUUCCCGGCUGUUGAGCGGUCACCGUCAAUAAUGGCUGUAGCUAACAUUCGCUCUUAUGGUCGUCCUUGUUUUCAUCUGGGUCUCCGAGCGUAUGCCACACGACCAACUGUUACCCCUAAGAAGCGGGAACAGCAGGACGACGUACCUGUGUAUCAGUAUGUGGGUCAAAACAGGAAGCCUCAAGGGAAGGUGUUUGUGUGGGGCUUCAGCUACACUGGAGCUUUAGGCAUACCCAGCUUUGUAGUGCCGGACAGUGGGAGGAAAAAGCCCAGGAAGACCCAGCUCACACCUUACUGUCUGGAUACUGAACAAAAGAUUUCCUCAGCCGCCUGUGGAUAUGGCUUUACCUUACUGGCCUCUAAUACCAAAGAUCUGACUAAACUGUGGGGAAUGGGCCUUAACAAAGACUCUCAGCUGGGCUUUCAGCGGACGCAACAUGACAAAAGUAAGAGUUACGACUAUGUGCUGGAAGCAUCUCCAGUGUCUCUGCCGCUGCUGAACCCUCAGGAGACACGAGUGCUGCAAGUCUCAUGUGGUCGUGCUCAUUCUCUGGUGCUCACAGACUCUGAAGGAGUGUUCAGCAUGGGCAGUAAUACUUUUGGGCAGUGUGGGAGGAAGAUCGUGGAGGAUGAAGUGUACAGUGGCAGUCAUGUUGUUCACAAGAUUGAGGGUUUUGACAGUCGGGUCAUCCAGGUGGCUUGUGGACAGGACCACAGUCUGUUUCUGACAGACAGAGGCUCUGUGUUUGCCUGUGGGUGGGGGGCAGAUGGACAAACAGGUCUGGGUCAUCAUAACAAGGCCUCGUGUCCAGUGCCUGUAGGUGGAGAUCUGGCUGGGGUCACAGUUCAGCAGGUGGCCACGUAUGGAGACUGCAGUCUGGCAGUGUCCACAGAUGGCCAGGUUUUCGGGUGGGGGAAUUCUGAGUACCUCCAGCUGGCUUCUGUCACCGAGUCCACACAGAUCAGCUCUCCUCGUCUGCUGCCGCUGAAGGGUGUGGGUCGAAUCAGACAGGCAGCAUGUGGAGGAACACAGGUGGCUGUGCUCAACGAGGAUGGAGAUGUGUUUGUUUGGGGUUUUGGAAUUCUGGGGAAAGGACCCAAACUUUCAGAGUCUGCCAUUCCAGAAAGAGUGCCAGCCACAUUUUUUGGAAGGUCAGAGUUCAACCCUACAGUGAAGGUUGCGUCCAUCCGCUGUGGACUCAGUCACUUUGCUGCUGUCACAGAUGGAGGUGAGCUGUUUGUUUGGGGUAAGAAUGUGCGAGGAUGUCUCGGCAUUGGGAAACAUGAUGACCAGUAUUUUCCAUGGAGGGUGACUGUACCAGGCCAUGUGACUGAUGUUGCCUGCGGUGUUGACCACAUGGUGGCGCUGGUCAAAUCCCUCAUAUAAGACUGUUCUAGGAAAUCUUGUCCUUUAUGUCAGCUAUUAUUAUUUUUGCACAGAUUUGGACUAAAGGCACCUCUGUAAGGGUGCUUGCACAUCUGUAAUUUGCUUCAUUUUGUGUUUCAAGGGAAAUAAAUGAUACAUUGUUGCA